UCUACCACAUCACCAUCGAUUCUUGUAACCUCAACCAAGGAAACAGCAAAGGUCACUACACAACCUGAAACAACUACAAAACAUGGAACAUUGAGGACAAACCCCACAAGAACUUCUCAACCUGCAACAGAAACCACAAGCCUUUUUCCAUUGAUGACAAAGAGUACAACAUUGAUGACGGACUCUGCAUCAUCAAACACAAGACUUGGAACAUCAACCACAAUCACUGGAUUGCUCAGUAUCUACCAACCCACAUCGACCGAUAUCCCUCAGACAUCAACCACAAACCCUACAACACUGACCCUAAGCUCUACCACACUGGCAGAGAGCCCAACUGUAGCAGUCUCUGAUGCUAUGACAUCUGAAUCAAGUUCUGUAAAAUCAACUAAAACAACUGGAAUGUUCACAACAAGCUUUGCAACAGGAACUGCAAAUCCUGAAUCAUCGGCCACAAACCCCAUGACCACAAAGACACUACCUAAAAUAUCAACCACAGCCUCUGUAUCAUCAAUAACAAGCCCUGUAACAUCAACGACAAAGCUUGAAACAUUGACCACAAAUUCUGCAACACUGACUAUAAACCCUGUAACACCAACCUCUCUCCCAGACACAUCCAUAUUAAGUCCUGUAACAUCAUCUACAACGUCCAUGACAAAGUCUGCAACAUUGAGUACCAACACUGAAAUGGUGACCAAAAACCGUAUGUCAACAUCUCUCAAGAACACUGCUACUUUCUCUACAAACAUUGCAACAGUGACUGAAAUCCCGACAACACAGACUAGGAACCCAGCAACACUGACCCAAAGGCCGACAACACCUACCAUAAGCCAAACUGUAUUAGUCUCUGAUGACGUGACAUCCCAAUCAAGUCUUGCAUCAUCAAAUAUCAAAUUUCCAUCAUCAACUACAAACUCUGAUAUAGUGACUUCAAUCCCUGAAAUAUCAACAACAAACUUCCAAACACAAACAGCAGAAACUAAAAUAUCAACCCGAGACUUAGCAGUAUCAAUAACAAGUCCUGUAACCUCAGCCAGAAUGUCUUCAGCAUUGACUUCAAAAACUGAUACCUUGACCACAGAACCUGCAAUGUCAAAUAUAAGCCCUUUAACAUUGACCUCUGACUCUACCACAUCACCAUCGAUUCUUGUAACCUCAACCAAGGAAACAGCAAAGGUCACUACACAACCUGAAACAACUACAAAACAUGGAACAUUGAGGACAAACCCCACAAGAACUUCUCAACCUGCAACAGAAACCACAAGCCCUUUUCCAUUGAUGACAAAGAGUACAACAUUGAUGACGGACUCUGCAUCAUCAAACACAAGACUUGGAACAUCAACCACAAUCACUGGAUUGCUCAGUAUCUACCAACCCACAUCGACCGAUAUCCCUCAGACAUCAACCACAAACCCUACAACACUGACCCUAAGCUCUACCACACUGGCAGAGAGCCCAACUGUAGCAGUCUCUGAUGCUAUGACAUCUGAAUCAAGUUCUGUAAAAUCAACUAAAACAACUGGAAUGUUCACGACAAGCUUUGCAACAGGAACUGCAAAUCCUGAAUCAUCGGCCACAAACCCCAUGACCACAGUGACACUACCUAAAAUAUCAACCACAGCCUCUGUAUCAUCAAUAACAAGCCCUGUAACCUCAACGACAAAGCUUGAAACAUUGACCACAAAUUCUGCAGCAUUGACUGUGAACACUCGAGCACCAACCUCUCUCCCAGACACAUCCAUAUUAAGUCCUGCAACAUCAUCUACAACGUCCAUGACAAAGUCUGCAACAUUGAGUACCAACACUGAAAUGGUGACCACAAACCGUAUGUCAACAUCUCUCAGAAACACUCCUACUUUCUCUACAAACAUUGCAACAGUGACUGAAAUCCCGACAACACAGACUAGGAAACCAGCAACACUGACCCAAAGGCCGACAACACCUACCAUAAGCCAAACUGUAUUAGUCUCUGAUGACGUGACAUCCCAAUCAAGUCUUGCAACAUCAACUAUCAAAUUUCCAUCAUCAACUACAAACUCUGAUAUAGUGACUUCAAUCCCUGAAAUAUCAACAACAAACUUGCAAACACAAACAGCAGAAACUAAAAUAUCAACCCGAGACUUAGCAGUAUCAACAACAAGUCCUGUAACCUCAGCCAGAAUGUCUUCAGCAUUAAUCACAAACACUGCUACCUUGAGCACAGAACCUACAAUGUCAGCAUCCUCAGCGAACCCCAUUACACCAAUGACAAUACCUGUUACAGCAACCACAGACUCUUCAGCACAAACCAUCAGUGAUGCUCCAUUAUACAUAAGUCCUACAUUGACUACAAGCCUUGCAAUGACUUCCAAAAGCCAUAAAAUGUCCACCACAAUGCUUGCAACAGUGACCCAGACCCCAGCAGAGGGACCACAGUUAUUGCUGGAAUUUAGACUGGAUCUGGAGUUUGCAACGGUCCUCACAGAUUCCUCCUCAACACAGUACAUACAUUUGAAAAAUCAAGUUGAAGAGCAGCUGGAUUCCAUCUAUAAAAAGCAGUAUGGGGACACAUUUGAUCACACUGAGGUCCAGCGUUUUAGGCAAGGAUCAGUGAUUGUGGACGCUGUGCUGGUGUUCAAUAACAUAAACACUGUCCCUGGAACCAGCGAUGUGGCAACGACCUUAAAAAACGCUGCCUCCUCAGACUCUGGCUUAAAUCUCCCUAUAGACCCCGCUAGCAUAGUGGUUUCAGUGGCUACUCAGACUACUGCAGAAGCUACAACACCUACGGUAACUACAGAACAUGGCCUCCAGACUACGGAACACUCAAGUCAGACUGCGCAAACAACUGUGGGACAAGCUGGUCAGACUGCAUCAGCAACUGCAGGAGCCACUACAACGUCAAAUAUAAGCCCUUUAACAUUGACCUCUGACUCUACCACAUCACCAUCGAUUCUUACACAUCCAUAUUAA